GACGCGCUGCUGGCGCGCAGGGCGGCGGUUGCCAUGGCGAGAGCGGUGCUGGUGCCUCUGUGGCUGUGCUGGGCCCUGGGCUGCGCCGCGCCGCCCAACGUGGUUCUGCUGCUCAUGGACGACAUGGGUUGGGGUGAUUUGGGAGCUUUUGGAGAGCCUUCUAAGGAAACUCCUAACCUAGACCAGAUGGCUUCAGAAGGGAUGCUUUUCCUGGAUUUUUAUGCUGCCAACCCCCUCUGCUCUCCGUCAAGGGCAGCACUGCUGACGGGUCGCCUCCCAGUCAGGAAUGGUUUUUACACGACGAAUGCACAUGCCAGAAACGCAUACACACCGCAGGAUAUAGUAGGAGGAAUUCAAGAUUCUGAAAUACUGCUUCCAGAGCUGCUGAAGAAAGCUGGCUACACCAAUAAGAUCAUUGGCAAAUGGCAUCUGGGUCACAGGCCCCAGUUCCACCCCCUGAAACAUGGUUUUGAUGAAUGGUUUGGAUCCCCAAACUGCCAUUUUGGACCUUAUGAUAACAGAGCACUCCCAAAUAUCCCUGUGUAUAGGGACUGGGAAAUGAUUGGCAGAUACUAUGAAGAUUUCAAAAUCGAUCUGAGGACGGGUGAAGCCAACCUGACUCAGAUCUACCUACAGGAAGCUCUCGAUUUCAUUAGCAAGCAGCAGGCCAGCCAGCAGCCGUUCUUUUUAUACUGGGCAAUCGAUGCUACUCAUGCUCCUGUUUAUGCUUCCAAACAUUUCCUGGGCACUAGUCAGAGAGGACGAUAUGGGGAUGCUGUGCGAGAAAUUGAUGAUAGCGUUGGAAAAAUCCUAAAACAUCUUCAGAAGCUGGGGAUCAGUGAGAACACUUUUGUGUUUUUCACCUCUGAUAAUGGGGCUGCUCUCAUUUCAGCUCCUAAACAAGGAGGAAGCAAUGGUCCUUUUCUCUGUGGCAAGCAAACCACCUUUGAAGGUGGCAUGAGAGAGCCAGCUAUUGCUUGGUGGCCUGGACAUAUACCUGCAGGAAGCGUCAGUCGUCAGCUGGGCAGCGUGAUGGAUCUCUUCACCACCAGCCUCUCCCUGGUGGGUCUGCAGCCUCCGAGUGACAGACAGAUUGACGGCAUCGACCUUUUACCUGCCAUCUUGCAGGGCAAGCUAAUUGACAGGCCCAUAUUCUAUUAUCGUGGCAAUGAGAUGAUGGCGGUGAGAGUCGGGCUUUACAAGGCUCACUACUGGACCUGGAGCAACUCCUGGGAGGAUUACAGCAAGGGCAUUGAUUUCUGUCCUGGGCAGAACGUCUCUGGAGUGACAACACAUUUGCAGGAGGAGCACAGCACUUUGCCACUGCUCUUCCACCUGGGCAGGGACCCUGGAGAGAAGUACCCGUUAAGCUUUGCCAGCGAUGAAUACCAAGGAGUUAUGAGGCGGAUAUCUGCCGUGGUGCAGCAGCACAAGGACACCAUGGUGCCAGGAGUGCCACAGCUCAACGUGUGUGACAAGGCUGUCAUGAACUGGUCUCCCCCAGGCUGUGAGAAGCUAGGGAAGUGCCUGAAACCACCCAAGUCUGAUCCAAAGAAGUGCUUUUGGUCUCAUUGAUCUUUUCUGCAGCCCUCAGGAGCUGCCCUCUCACCGCCUGGACACGGAGUUUACAAUGCAUCUCUUCUCAUGUUGGCACUCCUGUUUACACAGGAAGGGUGUGAUGUAUGUGUGAUAUCAUCAUUUGCUCUUCCAAAAGGGACAGUGUUUAUAUUGCUAGUGCUCAGGGUUUAGCCUGUCCUCAUCUCUUGGUUUAGUUGUUUCCGUAAAUGGUAAAUUUUCAGUGAGAACUGUUUUAACUGUGAAAGAUCUCUGGGCAACCACAUCUCUGCCAUGAGCUCAGAAACACCACGGGUGCACCUUUCCUCUGGCUUCUUCCAGCCAACCUCUGGAGUCACUGCUCGUGUGGAUGCCCCAGCAGCAGCCAUAGGAGACUGCUCAGGAAAUGUACGGCCCUGCCCAAGCUGCCCUUGUUUUCUUUGCAUAUAACUUGUUGUUUUAACAUUUCAUUUCCAUUGUGAACUCUUUGGACACCAACUUGUUUUUGCCUGUUCUUCCUAAGCUUGCAAGUUCUGGGUGCAGCUGUAUGGCCCACACUGCUGCUGUGCAUGCCUGAGUGCAAACAAGUGCUGCGUUCUGUUCUCAACUAAGGGUCAGCCACAGGCAGAACACCCUGUGUUUUUUCUUUCUGUAGCUGCAAACGCUCACCAGCUCAUACUAUAAAGAAAUUUGCAGAUAGGGAUUCAUGUAAGUGUUGCCUUAUUGAUGGUGUGCAGAGCGUUCUCGGGGAGCUGGGGCUCCAUUGUUCAUUUGUGGGAUUUUCUUUAUUCCCAAAAAUCCAGGUCCAAAUAUGGUGUAAGUCACUCUUGUAUUCUCGUGACGUGGGCCCAGCCAACUGCAGGCUCAGAAAUGCCCAUUUACAUCACACGUUAACUCUUGACCCUGUUUCCAGCGUAUGCUCUCCGAGGAAUUCUCCUUGUGCAAACUUUCCCCAGCCUGGGUGUAGCACUUCUCUAAACAGAGUUCAUGGUGAAUGCAGAUUCUUCGCAUAAUUUCACAUUGUAAAUUGCUCAUCCCAUUUUGAGUCUGUUUUUCAUACCCCUCACUGUUGCUAAUAAACGUCUCUGGAACAGAACCUAGCAAGGUUGUUGCGGAGCUGUACUGGAACAGGUAGAGGCAAUGCAAGCUUGCUGUCUGCACCAGUGACAGGUCUGCUUCCACCCCUCCUCUCUUUGAUAUGUGCCCUCUCUGCAUGGCUUUUUGCUGCCCUGACAAAGAUCAAGGCACUCUGCAGGACUGCCUCCUUCCCGGGCAAAGCUGGGGCUGGCUUGAGAUGUGCUGACAGCUUCUGUGUUAACUGCUGUGCUCUCCCUCCUGCAGACUUCUCAACUUGUUGUCCUUGCCCCCCCUGUAAUUCCAAAUGCUCUCAUCUCCCCCUUCCUAUGUCUCAUGCUACCUGUAAUCUCCACAGUAAUUCCUAGCAUCCAUCUCCUGAAGCUGGAUAACCCUCUUAUGGUUGUAAUAAGCACAGUGCUUCUUGAGUCGGCUCGUGGUGCUCCAGCCAACACCAGACCCUCGGAACCUCCCUGCCUGCAGGCAGUGUGUGGCAGUUCCAGCAUCCUACCUGCCCUAACCGAGAGCUGUGCCAGAAGUGUUCCCAGCCCAACGCUUCACUCUUAUCACAAAUAAAGAUACCACCAGACGAGGGAGUCCGUCACCACAACCGCCUGAAAGCUGCUGUCAACUCUCCAACAGCUGUGAGUGUCUGCUGCAAACUGCAACAGCUUCGUCUCUGUGCACUGCCUAUAAACAGAUCCCAGGGCUGCAGCUCCGCUGGGUGCUCACUCAGACACACUGCCCAGUUCUGAGCCUUUGCACUGUGCACAUGGUAAGCAUGCCAGGUGCUGGUAGCCAUGCGCCCUGCCUGCCACUUCAUUCUUUUCUCUCUUGCAGCUUGCAGUUCUGGAGACAGUGCUUUUUUCCUCUUGCAUUACUUGCUUGGGCACGCCAGCCCAUUUUCAGCACACUCGGUGUUUGGUUACUCAGCACACAAAGUCUUCAUCCCUUAUUGAAACAGUCCUUGGGUGCAUAGAUACUGAAUGUAAACUUUGCACUACAAAGCUGGCUGCUGGAAGUGACUUGAAGUUUGUUUAUUUAACUGCUUUGUGUUUGUUAGCUAGAAAAGAUCAAAGCUUCAUAUAAAGAAGUGACUGCUUCAAAUAAGAAGAGUAGUUCUACAGCUGGACAGCUGGGCAGAAUUUUAAAUCAGUGCCUUUCCCAAAGAUGUACAGAUUUUGAUGUUAAAGUGAGAUGAGGAGCUGAGGAAAAUAAACUGAUUUAUCAGUGAGGAGUUA